CAUUCAGAAAGAGAAGAGCAAAAUUGGUGGAUGGUGGAUUUAGGAAAUACCUACAGCAUUCAAUAUGUGAGAAUUUACAAUCGAGCAGAUUGCUGCCGGGAACGAUUGAAUGGGGCCACCAUUCGUGUCGGAGAUGACGCUGCUGGUAUGCUGACUAAUACGCAAUGCGGAGAGGCAAUCGCUGAUGCAGAAACCAGAGCCGGCUCCGUGAUUGAUCGACAGUGCGACCCUGCACUUGACGGACGAUAUGUUAGUGUCUCGCUCCCGAACAACUAUCUGACUCUUUGUGAGGUCGAGGUGUGGGGACAGG